AUCCAUGCAUUCCACACCUGAACGGACCACCGCGUGCAGGGGCCAGGUCGCGUGCAGAAGCACAUGCCCCUCCUGGAAAGGGGGGUGCAGAAAUGGAAGCGCACGUGGACUUUCCUCUGCACAGACAGCACCCACAUGCUCGCCUGGAGGCUCUCUCACAGACAGCCACUGCUACCUCACACGGUGCAGGAGAUCACUUGAUGGUGGGGGAGGAAAGACUCAAGAGCCUUCUGGUUCCUGGCAGAGAGAGAAGCCAUCUCCAGCCCCGUGAGUGCGAGCGAGGGCGGCCGGGGGCAGGGGCGUCCUAGGGGCCAGGCCGGAGUGGAACGAACCGGGAGGUGCUGGCCACCGUCCUCUGCGCCCGCCUGUCCCGCUGCCCGCGCCCCAGAAGACGAUGUCUCCUUGCAGGAAGCCGGGAAGCCCUUCAAGUGUCUUUUCUUAUUACAAAGGUAUUUUAAAAGUAUGAAAAACAAAAAGGGCUAAUAAUUUCUCCAUCCAGUGGUGAUCACUCUUAAUGUUCGCAAGGACCUGUCCCUAGGUGGCUGUGGGCACGCGGGGUGGGAGCGCAUCUCCCGUAAACCGGAGUCCAGGUGUCACGUGUGCCUCCUCGUCGUCACGUCCGAGCGAGAGGUCUGGCCGCCUUGGUGCCAGGGGCUCUGGGGCCUCACAGUCUCCUGGGCACCGGGGAGGCAUAGCCGAGUCACGCUGGAUGCUGAGGCAGCAUCCUGGGGGGAGAGGUCGUGGGCGUCUCUGCCUGCGGAAGGCUGAGGGAGCACGGAGAAGAAUGUCGGGGGGGAGCGACCAGCCAGGUGGGGACAAGGGGUGCAACAGAGGUGAAGGGGCGGUGGGGACGAAACCCAGAGUGAAGAACUCCUAAAAGAUGAGCAGUUUCUACAUCUCCAGUCUGCCCCUGGGACGGGUGGGACAACGUGGUCCCCCCUCAGGCCGUUGGUCCCUGCCUCUCCCACUGGAGAGGACGGUGCACGCAGAGAAGGGCGAGUGAGGGGGUGAAGACGCUGCUCCCCCUUUCCUCCUCCAGGACCCAGGGAGCUGCCCUUGGCGAGAGCCCCUGCUCACCUGCUUCGUGCGGCUCUGACCGGGCCAGCCCCUCCUCCAGCGCCCUCCAGGAUUGGCUUUAUGGGCUGGGAGCUCCUUUCCUGAGCCUGCCUCUGCUUAUCGGUUCAUCUACAACCCCCACCUCAACCUUAUCGCUCCUCCAUCUCCUUAGACUGGAAGUCCCAAGGCUCAAGAGGCUAUUACCACCUCAACCCCCAGCAAAGCAGAAAAAUGUCCCGCAAGGUGACCCCCUUCCCCACCCCAGCCGGCGCCUCCCUCUCCCAGGGCGAGAGAGCAGCUUCCUCCGUGUCUCCGGCAUCCACUUACUCUUCCUUGCCUGAUUUACUUUCCUUUCGGUCCUUGUCCUUCUGAAAAAGUUUUUUUGUCUAUCCUUCCACCUCAAGGAGAAAACGCUCUUUCUUACAGUGGAGGAAGGGGCCUUGCCCUGCUCCUGGAGACCCCCAAUGGGGACGCCCCACCUACUUCACCCAGGCCACAGAUUCCCAAGAGGCGGCAAUGUCUGGCACGUGAUUGGGAGAUAAGAUUUCAACUUUAAAGCCACUUCCAGUUUUGCCACUAGCCAUGGGUCUUCUCCCUGUCUGGGCUCCAUCUUCUUACUGAGGAAAUAAUGAGAACCCAGCCCUAUUGUCAUGUACUUCUUCGGGCUAUUGAAUGACUACACCUCUUUGAAAACAAUCGGGAGGAGAAAUAACAUACCAUAAAAUAGCACGAUGCUGUCCUGGCUUUGCUCCUCCCUCCCGCUCUCUCAUUCCUGGAGAGGUACCCAAGUGUGAGACCCGGGCAUCCCCUCCUUUCCUGCUCUUCAGACUCUGCAGGAAUACGGGGCCCUCUGGGGGGGAGUCUCCUCUGACCAGGGGCUCCAGCGAGGCACUGGUGGUCUUCUUCUCAUGGAGGAGGGGUGGCCUGGAACCCUCCUGUGAGAGAGAUGACAGCAUCUCUGAGAAGCAGCCCCAGGGACUUCUGAGCCCAUCUCAGGGAGGGAAACCAACGGUGGCCGAGUGCUUAGGGACAUGCUCACCGACGCUUCCAUGCGAGCAGGGGCCCCGUUUCACAGAUGAGCAUACCGAGGCACAGAGAGCUCUCCUCACUGAUCUGUAAGGUCUGAGCCGGGACUCCAGCCGGCCUGUGCCUGACUGCCCAGCUGGAGGACUUCGCUUCCUGCUCUUCUGCAUCCCACUGACCUGCCCCCCGCCCCCCGCCCUUGCCUUGCUUGUGGGACCCACCUUUCAGGUCUCUUUCCAGAUUGCUCUGCUCCACCCCCCGCCUGCUGGGGUCUCAGCCCCAGCCCACUGCCAGGAACAAAGUCCCCUCCCCUGCUCCCUCCUGGCUCUAGGGCAGGCUCUGAGCCCCAGAGGUUGGCUCUGGAAAGAGCUCCACCCCCUCCAGGUAAAUCUGCUCUCUCCUGUUAGGGCCUCCAGUCCCCUCAGUGCACGUGUGCACACACACACCCUGCAGCUGCUCAUUCCACGCCGAGCACACCAGCCACAGGACAGGGACACCGGCUCCUACUCCCAACCCCAAACCAACCCGCCUCUUCCUCAGUAGCCGCUGAGUCCUGGACCUGCUGCUUUCACGUCCCCAUAACCUGCUAGUGCCUGGAAGGGGACGACAUGAGGGCUCCUUCGCCCAAGGCGAAAGGGCUCUGGGCCCAGCUCCAGAAACUUCUGACCUCCUGGCUGUUUGGAGACAAAGACUGGGAGCAGCGUCUGGACGAGGCCCACAUGCUGCAGCAGAAGAGGAUCCGAGAGUCUCCGCUGCUCUGGGCAGCCAAGGGGAAUGACUUGUGUCUCCUGAAAAAAAUCCUGCUGGACCAAACCUCCGACUUUCAACAAAGAGGAGCCCUGGGGGAGACAGCGCUGCACGUGGCGGCCCUCUAUGACAAUCUCGAAGCAGCCAUGGUGCUGAUGGAGGCCGCCCCCGAGCUGGUCAAGGAGCCCACCACGUGUGAGCCAUUUGUAGGUCAGACCGCACUGCACGUGGCCAUCCUGAACCAGAACGUGAACUUGGUGCGCGCCCUGCUCUCCCACGGGGCCAGCGUCUCUGCCAGAGCUACAGGCACAGCUUUCCACCUCAGCCCCCACAAUCACAUCUACUUCGGGGAGCACCCUCUGUCCUUUGCCGCCUGCGUGGGCAGCGAGGAGAUCGUGCGGCUGCUCAUCGAGCACGGAGCCGACAUCCGGGCCCAGGACUCCCUGGGAAACACAGUGUUGCACGUCCUGGUCUUCCAGCCCAACAGAACCUUUGCCUGCCAGAUGUACAACCUGCUGCUGUCCUAUGACAGACGUGGGGACCACCCGCAGUCGCUGGACCUUGUGCCCAAUCGCCAGGGCCUCACCCCCUUCAAGCUGGCCGGAGUGGAGGGCAACGCGGUGAUGUUCCAGCACCUGAUGCAGAAGCGGAAGCACAUCCAGUGGACCUGCGGGCCGCUGACCUCCACCCUCUAUGACCUCACGGAGAUCGACUCUUGGGGAGAGAAGGUGUCCUUCCUAGAGCUCGUGGUCUCCUCCAAGAAGCGGGAGGCUCGUCAGAUCCUGGAGCAGACCCCGGUGAAGCAGCUGGUGAGCUUCAAGUGGAGAAAGUAUGGGCGGCCGUACUUCUGCGUCCUGGGCGCCUUGUAUGUGCUCUACAUGAGCUGCUUCACCAUGUGCUGCGUCUACCGCCCCCUAAAGUUCCGCAGUGGCAAUCGCACCGACUCCCGAGACAUCACCCUCCUGGAACAGAAGCUGCUGCAGGAGGCCUACGUGAUGGAGCAGGAUAAAAUCCGGCUGGUAGGGGAGCUGGUGACCGUCAUCGGAGCUGUGAUCAUGCUGCUCCUGGAGAUCCCGGACAUCUUCAGGGUUGGUGCCUCUCGCUACUUUGGACAGACCGUCCUCGGGGGACCGUUUCAUGUCAUCAUCAUCACCUACGCCUCCCUGGUGCUGGUGACCAUGGCGAUGCGGCUCACCGACACCAGCGGGGAGGUGGUGCCCAUGUCCCUCGCGCUGGUGCUGGGCUGGUGCAGCGUCAUGUACUUCGCCCGAGGCUUCCAGAUGCUGGGCCCCUUCAGCAUCAUGAUCCAGAAGAUGAUUUUUGGAGACCUAAUGCGUUUCUGCUGGCUGAUGGCCGUGGUUAUUCUGGGAUUUGCCUCAGCGUUCUUUAUCGUCUUCCAGACGGAGGACCCAGAGAAGCUGGGGGAAUUCUACGACUACCCCACGGCACUGUUCAGCACCUUCGAACUGUUCCUCACCAUCAUCGACGGGCCCGCCAACUACGACGUGGACCUGCCCUUCAUGUACUGCAUCACCUAUGCGGCCUUCGCCAUCAUCGCCACGCUGCUCAUGCUCAACCUGUUCAUUGCCAUGAUGGGCGACACUCACUGGCGGGUGGCCCAGGAGCGGGAUGAGCUCUGGAGGGCCCAGGUCGUGGCCACCACGGUGAUGCUGGAGAGGAAGAUGCCUCGCUUCCUGUGGCCUCGCUCUGGGAUCUGUGGGCGCAAGUACGGGCUGGGGGACCGCUGGUUCCUGCGAAUCGAGAGCCACCAGGAUCAAAAUCCCUUGAGAGUGCUUCGCUACGUGGAAGCGUUCAAGUCCUCAGACAAGGAGGAUGGACCAGAGCACCUUUCUGAGAAGCGGCCCUCUGUGUUUGAAAGUGGGGCUGCAGCCAGAGCCUCCCUGGGCUCCCCGACCCCCUCUCUGUCCCGGACCACAUCCCGCAGCAGCAGCAGCCACCGCGGCUGGGAGGUCCUUCGCCGCAACACACUUAUGGGACACUUGAAUCUUGGACUGGACCUUGGUGAGGGGGACGGAGAGGAAAACGUCUACCUUUGAUCGGGACCCCUGUUACUCUGGAUGCAACUCCAGGCGGCCUGGCGGGGGGGCGGGGGCUGGGGGCAGAGAGAGGGACACUCUCCUGUGCAGGUAGCUAAGGUCCAUGCCCGUUAGCCACGGGAGGGUGGACAGAACAAUUCUUCAGGACCAGGCCUCAUCCUUCACCUGAGCAUUUCUGGAGGCGGGCCGUGGGCAUCCAUCGUCCCACACACCUUCUGGGUUCUUGGAAGUCCCACAUCCUAGGAAAAGAAGGUAUCCUGUCCAGCAAAGUUGGACUUGGCUGUCAAAGACAUGAGAUAGGGCUGCCAGACUACUGUCUGGACCAUGCCUCCUUCUGCCCCCUGCAGGCACUAGGAAGUAGUCCGCUGUGUAGCCGGCCUGCGCCCACAGGCCGGAUGUGGGAGAGCCAGGCCAGGCACUGAGGUGCUGGCCCUUCUCUUCCUCAUACACCCUGGCAGGACUGUCUCCCCAUCUAGCAACCAAACCCCGCGAGAGGAAAGGUUCUUUAUCCUUGCUUUAUUAAAAAAAAUUACUGUGGUAAGAUACAUGGAACAUAAAAUUUACCAUUUUAACCCCAUUUAGGUCUACAGUUCAGUGGCAUUAAUUACAUUCACAUUGUUGUAUUCAGCGGCAUUCACCUACGGAACUUUUUCGUCAUCCGAAGGUGACACUGUUGUACCCACUAAACAUUAACUCCCCACGCUCCCUUCCACACAGCCCUUGGUAACCAAUACUCUACUUUCUGUUAUAAAAUGGACGGUUCUAAGCACCUCAUCACAGUGGAAUCCUACAGUGUUAGUUCUGUCGUGGCUGACAUAUUUUACUCAGCAUAAUGUUUUCAAGAUUCAUCCAUUUCAUAGCAUGUAUCAGAAUUUCAUUCCCUUUCAAGGCCAAAUAAUAAUUUAAUUGUAUGCAGAUACAAAUUUUGUUUAUCUUUUCACCCAUUAGUGGACAUUUGGGUUGUUUCUACCUUUUGGCCGUUGGGAGUAAUAUGGCUGUGGGCACUGGCGUGUAAUUAUCCAAGGCCCUGCUUUCAGCUCCUCUGGGAGUAGAGGUGGACUUGCUGGAUCUCAUGGCAAAAUCUACGCUUCAUUCUUUGAGGAGCCGCCACACUGUUUUCCUCCAGCAAAAUACAAGGGUUCUGAUUUCUCUACGUCCCCAUCAGUAGCCAUCCUGAUGGGUGCGCCGCGGAAUCUUACUGUGGUUUCGAUUUGCGUUUCCUAAUGGCUAAUGACAUGGAACAGCUUUUUGCAUGCUUCUUGUCCAUCUGAAAAUCUUUUUUUUUUUUUUUUUAAGGAAAUGUCUAGUCAAGUCCUUUGCCCAUGUUUGAAUCGUGUGGAUGUUUUUGUUGUUCCUGAGUUGUCUCAUCCUUGCUUUUUGAGGCUCAGAGUCUAAAGCGUUUGCAUCUCAUUUGCAUCCUUGUGUGUCUUUAAGAAUGUGUGGUAAAUUAUGCCUUUCUGUGCUUGAAGGGACUGUCCCAUUUUUUUUUUUUACGGGUCAGUCCCUGGUUUGUCCCUCAGGUGGCUCAUUAGCAGCUAAUCAUCCUUGUGCUUGGAGUUAGCUCCUGGCUAUGUCUCCUGCCAGUCACAUUUCCCUGUGACCCUGUGACCCUGUGACCCUGUGACCCUGUGCUGAGUCAUCGGAUGGAUGCCGAUAACAGAAGAUGGGCCGCCCCUCUCCUGGAAGGAAAGUGGGAAAUCGGUGUCCAAGGCGCCCGUUACAGGGCCUCACGUGCAGCCCCCCCACUUCCCUCCAGCCCCUCACUUCCCGUCUCAGCCUGAUCAUCACCCUCACCAAGACGCCAUGAUAAUUUUAAGAGGACCGCAGUCUAGAGUAGCCAAGAGAUGGUAGGCGAGAUCUGCGAAGCGCGGACAGGUCCGUGCGGAUUCUCGUGCGGAGCACAGGGCACUGGCACGGCGAGGACCGCAUGGAUGCGCACGCACGCAUGCACCCGUGGGUGCACCGGCGCCCGUCACCGUCAUUCCUCGUGUUCCCGUCCUCCGCGGAGGCACUUCCUCUCCUGUGGAAAGCCGAGCUCCUGUCUGUGUCGCAGAUCCGGUUUCCUCUGUGUCUGUCCUUCCCCAGUCGUCCGUGUCCAUCGCCGUCUCCUCCGCUCUUCUCAUGCGUGUAUCUUCCCCGUCCCCCCCCCCCCCCAGUCAUCACACAGCCAUGCUCUGUCCUUGUCCAUCUUCAAACAAAUCUUCAAGCAAACGCCCUCCGCCUCUCCUUCCGGCUACAGUCGCCCUAUCUUUUUUACUCCCUCUUCAGGGCCAAACUUCUUAGGAGAAGACGCCACUGACCCCACACUGAGUCCUCAGUCCAUUGUGAUCUGACCUUACCUCUCCUCGCUACUGACAUCACUCUCAUCCAGGUUAUCUAUCCACCUGUAGCUAAGUACACUGGACCCUCCGGUCUUGCUUAAACUCUCUGUAGUAUUCGGGUUAUAGCCAACCACUCACCGCCUCUCAGCACGUCUAUCGGCUUCCCCUCUACCAAUCCCUUAAAUAUUUUUGGUCUGCAGGCUCUCCGUCUUCCUCAUCACCUGGGUAGUCCCAUCAACUUCUGUAGAUUGUAUUAGCAUGUACGUUUCUGAUUCCCAUCUCUAUAUCUGCAGUUUAGAUCUGUCACCUGAGCUCUAGGCAUGAACAGCUUGGAUGUCUAUCUAUCGAACAGCCGUUCCUGGAUAUUUUACAGACACCUCAAACUCAACAUGUUCCAAACGGAACAGCUUUCCAUCCUCACCAAACCCGCUCCUCCACCGGUGCCCCCAACUAAUUAAUAGGCAACGUUGCCCAAGCCAGCAUUCUAGGCAUCAUCUACACGUCUGUCUUGACUCUCCUAUCCAGCGAAUUUCAAGUCUUGUGGAUUCUAUUGCCUAAAACAUCGCCUUUGAAAAAUAACUAAUUUUGAUUAAUAAUCCAUCACAUGGUACAAAAUUCAAAGAGCGCACAAGAUACAUGGGGAAUGAAAGCUUUCCUACCUCUCUCUCCGGCCCUUCCGGUGUUCUUCCCAGGGACGUUCACGUACAAAAGUUUGUUUUAUAUCCUUCCAAAAAUACUCUAUGCAUAUCUAAGCAUAUGUAUGUAUAUAUUCCUCUGAAGAACAUAUGCGAAUAUACAAUAUAUUAGAAAAACCUUUCCUGCUUUUUGUCGUAAUGUAUUUUGAAGAACGUUCCAUGCCAGUAUCACAUUAAACAAACCUCUCGUGGUCUCUGCCUCUCCCAGCCCUAUUGUAACUCUGAAACUGUGUUAUUAUAACUCAGCACUGUGUCCUGGCGGCAGCACAGGAAGAGGUCUCCAGCUGCUCUAUCCGCUCGCCAUCCUGGUUCUCCAAGCCAUAGUUCACCCUGCAGCCAAAACGGUCUUUGCCAGACACAACUCUUGCCUCAAACGGUGGUCUUCCAAAAGCCCUCCCACGAGCCGACUCUCGCAACCUCCCCUGGGGCACACUGUGUCACCGAGCUAAGUUAUUAUUAGUGCUGAACGGUGCUGCAGUCUCCUCCUCCUCGGCCUUCACAAUUUCCGUGCCUUUCUACCUCUCUGCACCCGUCCCCGCUUCCAUCUUUGUAACGUCUAUUGAUCCUCCAGUUCUCAACCUGAUCCUGCAUUGGUCGUGCGUCUGUCUGUGUGGGGGGCGGUGUCCCUGUCUCACAGGCCAGGUUAGAGUACACCUGCUCUGUUUCCAGGGCACCUGUAUCUCCCUUUGAUUGCACAUCCUGUGCUUUAUUGAACUUACUUGUUUGAAUGUCCAUCUUCUUUAGUAGAUUAUAAACUCCACAGAAGCAAACAUGAUGUCCACCUCAUUCGGCCUCGUGUCCCCUGUGCGUGGCACAAUUCCUGGUACCACGCAGUGCGUAAUAAAUAUCCAUUAACUGAA